AUGGGCUGCUGUCAAUCAUCAGAGCGUGUCGAGGAGAGGCAGCGUAAUCAAGAAAUCGAGGCACAAAUUCGACGUGAUCGUGCCAACAUGAAGACUGAAAUAAAGAUGCUGUUACUAGGUGCGGGUGAAUCUGGCAAAUCGACCAUCCUAAAGCAAAUGAAGCUUAUUCAUGAUGGCGGCUACACACCUGAGGAACGUGAGAGUUUCAAAGAAGUGAUUUUCAGCAACACGAUUCAAUCGAUGCGAGUUACUAUGGAAGCAAUGCAUGACUUGGGUAUCCCAUUCCGCAACCCUGAAAACGAAAUUCAUCGACGUCUUGUUCUUGAGGCACCGCCCCAAGUUGAUUAUCUCAGCCACGAACUUGUUGAAGCCAUUGCAACUUUAUGGGAUGAUCCCGCUGUCAAGGAUUGUGUCGAUCGUGCAAAUGAAUUCCAGCUCAACGAUUCUGCUCGAUAUUACUUCGACGCUAUUUUACGUAUCGGUCAACCACAUUACAUCCCCAGCGACCAAGAUGUACUUCGAUCACGUGUGAAAUCAACAGGCAUUACUGAGACGACUUUUGUGAUCGGCGAAUUGACGUAUCGCAUGGUGGACGUGGGAGGACAACGAUCCGAACGUAAAAAGUGGAUCCAUUGCUUUGAAAACGUUACAACGCUUUUAUUCUUGGUGGCUAUCUCCGAAUACGAUCAAGUUUUAUUUGAGGAUGCAUCUGUCAACCGUUUACAAGAAUCAUUGACCUUGUUCGAUUCGAUUUGCAAUUCACGUUGGUUUAUCAAGACAUCCAUCAUUUUGUUUUUGAACAAGAUUGAUUUGUUUUCUGAAAAAUUACCGCGAAGCCCGUUAUCCAACUACUUUGACGAUUACAAGGGAGGAGAACGUUACGAUGCUGCAUGUCAAUAUCUGUUACAAAAAUUUGUAGCACUCAAUACUCGAGCGGAUACCAAGCAAAUCUACACCCAUUUCACCUGCGCUACUGAGACCAAGCAAAUCAAGUUUGUCAUGAACGCAGUCAACAAUAUCAUCAUGCACGAGAACUUGGCAAGAGAAGGCUUGCUGUAA